AUUGUUUUGUUUCUCGACUUAUUUUAAUGCCCCAGCGCGCCGCGUAUCCUUGACUCCGUUUUGGACGCCUGUCUUCCAUCGUGCGUCAGGUGCGCCGGACAGGCUUCGCGGGGGCACUGUGAAUGCAGAUGAGCCGAGCCCCAGUAAUUGGCACUGUGUAAUGCCUGGAACAGGCGUACGGAAACGUGCGUUCGCUCGACGUCAGGUGCGCUAGACGGUAAACGAGUACACGGGGACACAAGUGUAUAACUAGUAUACUAGUAGGCGAGGAGAACGGCACACCCCACACGAUGUGUGAGAAGCUUUGAGGUUCCUUGCAAGCGCGGUUGAAGCCGGAGCCGACCGCCGGAGCGGCUAGAGAGAACGACGGCAGCGGAAAAAGAUGGAACGGGGCCGGCCGGAUGACGUCAUGCUGCCGUCGGUGAGGGAGCGGCCGCGCCGCCCGCUCCCCCGCUGCUACUGCGCUCAGCGGAGCCUCGCUUGCCUGCCUCGAGCCAGCAAAACACGAGCAGAGGAUGCAGUGUUCCACCACGGAGCGAACGAAGGCGGCGGAAAGAGUGUUGGAGGAGGGAGAGAACGAGAAUUAACGCAAAAGAACUGCAGCGCAUCGAAGCGCCAAGCCUGGAGAGCGGACCGUUCCCGUUUUUGCUCGGCGCCUUUCCCUCCUCUCUCUCUCUACGUCAUCCUCCUCCUCCUCCGGAGAGGAAGGAGCCUGUGGAGGCGCAGUUUGCGAGCAUCGGUGCCGGCGCUCGAUUUGCGCGGAUGCCCCAACCAUCUCUUCUUUUCCUCCCGGCGGUCUCUACCCAGCGCUUAGCCGGCGCUGGGCGCCCGUAAUUUGCGUUCUGCGGCCGCCUGUGGGCUUAACUUGCCCGUUUACAGUGUCCGCCCACGUAACGCAUCAAGCGGGAGGCGAGCCUCGACCUGGAAACACGAGGAUUGUGCUGCGUCCCUUCUUGCUUCCAUCUGCGUGCCGCCGCGCGGUCGUCGGAAUAUGUGUCGUCCUCUUCGCCCGGAUUGUGCGCAGCGCGGGAUUUGACGGAGCAGUUUUCGGGUGUGCGGCGCCGCUAUCUCGUGUGACAACACCCGCCGUGCUUGUUGUUUAAGUGCAUCGUCGUCGUCUCCUAGAGCUCGCUUCGGUGUCUGUGGAUUGCCUCCGAUGAGGAUUUUCGGAGGAAAGGCCUAGCGGCGCGCGCGGUGCCAUGAGAGACGAGCGCUGUUGCGGCAACGCAGUGGAGAAGAAGCCGGCGGCGCGGCUUGCGCCGAAUGCCAAGCUGCUGGUGGCGGCCAACGACAACGCCGGCUUGACGUCGGUACUUGGCACCGGUUUCGGAAGAGCAGGCGCCCUGUCAGGCAUGAUGGAGGCUGCCCUGGCUCAGCAGCAGCAGCAGUAUGACCUGUCGCAGCUAAACUACACAAAUAACAACAGCAGCAGCCUUGGCGGGCCAAGGCGGCCACAAAAGGACGCACCGGCUAGCACUACCUCCUCAUGCACGGACUCUGUGCUGCUGCAGGAUGGGGGCGAUGAGCUGCAGUGGUGCGCCGACUAUCCCUUUCAACAGGUGGGCCUCAGUCUUGUGUUACAGCUAAAUGUUUUUAUACGUGAAGUAACCAGUAUAGUCGGCACAUUUUUAAUCAUACGAGCAUGAAUGUGACAUGAUAGU